CGCCCAACGCGUCUGACAGCCGGCACCCAGCCCAGGCAGACAUGGACUCCCAGGACUGCCCUUGUGCCACGGGUGGCACCUGCACCUGCGGGGACAACUGCAAAUGCAAAAACUGCAAAUGCACAUCGUGCAAAAAAGGCUGCUGCUCCUGCUGCCCGGCGGGAUGUGCCAAGUGUGCGCAGGGCUGCGUCUGCAAGGGGCCCCCCUCCGCCAAGUGCAGCUGCUGCAAAUAGGGACCCCCGGCCGCACAUCUGGGGGUGCUGCGCAUCUGGGGGUGCUGCACAUCUGGGGGGCCGAAGAAGAAUAACCUUAUUGUGUAUGUUGGAGUUUUUUUUUUUUUUAUAUAUGUGUUCAGAUAGUGUUUGUCACGCACGAUGUGUAAUAAGCUACCUAAAUAAAGUGAUGUGUAUAUAAAGGUCUAUAA